UCCAAGGAACUGUACAGAUACAGACAAAAUCACAUUUUGUAAAUUUUUAAAAGUAUUUUGGAACUUUUUGAGUAUGCCGCCGAAAAACGAUCCGGAACUAAUCGAACUACGAAAAGAACUCGAAGAACUCUACGCAAAAUUAAAGGAUGAUCAAAAAAAAGUGGCCGAUGUCAAUUUAGAAAGCGCUUGCGAGGCAUCUCCAGAUAUUCCAAAACCGAAAUUAAUCAGUCGAAAAGUAAUGAAAGGGCACAUAAAUAAAGUUAAUGCCGUACAUUAUAGCGGCGACAAUAGACAUUGUGUAACCGGCUCUUUGGACGGGAAAUUAAUCAUUUGGGAUACUUAUACCGGAAAUAAAGUUCAAAUUAUUCCACUUAGAUCGGCUUGGGUGAUGAGUGUUGCUUUUGCAAAAAGUGGAAAUUUUGUUGCUUGUGGUGGUAUGGAUAAUAUGUGUACGGUUUAUGAUGUAAAUAAUCGAGAUGCAAAUGGUGUGGCUAAAAUGAUUAGAGAAUUAGCUGGAUACGAUGGUUUUUUGAGUUGUUGUAGAUUUAUCGAUGAUAAAACAGUAAUUACAGGUUCGGGAGAUAUGAAAAUUUGUAUGUGGGAUUUGGAAAGUGGCCGGAAAAACACCGAUUUUCAAGCACAUAACGGUGAUGUUGUUUCCAUUAGCUUAUCCCCCGAUGGUAAUACUUACGUAACCGGAAGUGUCGAUAAAACCUGCCGAUUAUGGGAUAUUCGCGAACAAAACCCGAAACAAACAUUUUUUGGACACGAAAGCGAUGUAAAUUCCGUUUGUUUUCAUCCUAGUGGUCAAUGUUUUGUCACUGGUUCUGAAGAUAAAACCGCUCGACUUUUCGAUAUAAGAAGUGAUCAACAAGUCGGUUUUUAUCAACCGCCCAAUAAAAACAGUGGUUUCACUUCUUGCGGAUUAUCCCUAAGCGGAAGAUUAUUAUUUUGCGGUUCUGAUGAUAAUAAUGUUCACAUGUGGGAUACUUUAAAGAAUAAUCAUAUGGGAGUUUUAUCUGGACACGAAAAUCGAAUCACUUCAGUUUCCGUUGCAGAAAGUGGAAUUGCGAUCGCUUCUUGUAGUUGGGAUCAAAAUGUUCGAAUUUGGGAUAAAAGUUGGGGCUUUUUUAAUGAUAACGAAAUUAAUGUACUUUAACUCAGCUCGUGAGUUAAAGUAUUAAUAUGACAACCCA